AUGGGGGAGAGGGAAUUGGAAACAUUUUCUCUGCUCAGUAAUGGCACUGCGGCUGGCGUGGCAGAUCAGGGAACUUCCAAUGGAUUGGGAUCCAUAGAUGACAUCGAAACAGACUGCUACGUGGACCUGCGAGGCUCCCCAGCCCCGCUCCCCUCUCCUCCCACGAUGCCCCUGUUCCCUCAUGUUCUGGACCUGCUGGCCCCCCUGGACAGCAGCAGCAGGGCCCUCCCUGGCACUGAGAGCCUGGACGACUUCUCUGAUGGGGAUGUCUUUGGGCCAGAGCUGGACACCCUACUGGACUCACUGUCUCUGGUCCAGGGUGGCCUGCCUGGCAGCGGUGUGCCCAGCGAGUUGCCCCAGCUGAUCCCGGUGUUCCCUGGUGGGACCCCAUUGCUACCACCUGUAGUGGGUGGCUCCAUCCCCGUCUCCAGCCCACUGCCCCCGGCCUCCUUUGGUCUCGUCAUGGACCCCUCCAAGAAGCUGGCCGCCUCUGUGCUGGAUGCCCUCGACCCCCCAGGCUCGGCACUGGACUCCCUCGACUUGCUGCCAUACUCGGAUACGCGGUUGGAUGCCCUCGACAGCUUUGGGUCGACCCGUGGUGCCCUGGACAAGCCCAGCUCCUUUGUGGAGGAAACCAACUCACAGGACCAUCGUCCCCCAAGUGGUACUCAGAAACCAGCCCCCUCGCCAGAGCCCUCCAUGCCCAACACCGCCUUGCUCAUCAAGAACCCCUUGGCUGCCACCCAUGAGUUCAAGCAGGCCUGCCAGCUCUGCUACCCCAAAACAGGGCCCAGGGCGGGCGAUUACACCUACCGUGAGGGCCUCGAGCACAAGUGCAAGAGGGACAUCCUGCUCGGCCGGCUCCGGAGCUCUGAGGACCAGACCUGGAAGCGGAUCCGGCCCCGGCCCACCAAGACCAGCUUUGUGGGCUCCUACUACCUGUGCAAAGACAUGAUUAACAAGCAGGACUGUAAGUACGGGGAUAACUGCACCUUCGCCUACCAUCAGGAGGAGAUCGACGUGUGGACAGAGGAGCGGAAAGGCACCCUCAACCGCGACCUGCUCUUUGACCCGCUGGGGGGCGUCAAGCGCGGCAGCCUCACCAUCGCCAAGCUCCUUAAGGAGCACCAGGGCAUCUUCACUUUCCUCUGUGAGAUCUGCUUUGACAGUAAGCCCCGGAUCAUCAGCAAAGGCACCAAGGACUCCCCGUCUGUCUGCUCCAACCUGGCUGCCAAGCACAGCUUUUACAACAACAAGUGCCUGGUGCACAUCGUCCGCUCCACCUCCCUCAAGUACUCCAAGAUCCGCCAGUUCCAGGAGCAUUUCCAGUUCGACGUGUGCCGCCACGAGGUGCGUUACGGCUGCCUACGGGAAGACAGCUGCCACUUCGCCCACAGCUUUAUCGAGCUCAAAGUCUGGCUGCUGCAGCAGUACUCAG